AUGCCCAAAGGAGACCUUUUCUCCAAUUGCUCCAAUCAUUAUCCCAUUGAGCAGUACUUCCUCAACUGCACCAACACAACCCGUCCAUGCGAGCUGAUCUCUGACUUGGCUAUAGUGGCCGAGUUGCUCGUAAUCUUCGACUACUACCUCUCCACAGUCCUAUUCUCCCUCGCCGGCAUUUUCAAUGCCUACAACCUGUCCAUCAGUCUCCCUUUGUUCCUCCGAAUGGACGAAGAGCAUCAGAAGCGGUACGUGUUCGUCCUCAGUCGGUGCAUUUCUUCAAUCUCCGCGGCGGCCACUCUUCUCGUCCUCCGAUGCGUUCUCUACGUUUACUUCCCUCCGGGCACUUCCAGUUACUACCUCUACGUACUCGUCGUCAUCGCCGAUGACAUCAGUUUCUACAGUCUUCAAGGUGAAUUUCUCUGCUGACUCACACUCCCACAAACAAACAAACCUCUCUUUCCAGGUGCGUACAUCGAAAUGGCUCUGCUUGUUUACGUCGCAGUUAUUCAUCCCAUGUACUUUUCCGCUCGUCUCACUCUUCGUAAAAUCUACUUGCUUGCCAUUGCCAACUGGGUCCUCGCUACCGUGAUCUCUGUGCCAACGGGUUUAUUCCAAACUGCCACCUACGUCUCCGGCCCUAUCAAGUGCGAUUCUCAAGUGUGCGGCCCCCUCGUUGGACUGAUCAAUUGUAAGCUUUAGUUUUGUACCUGAACUUUGAUAUCCGUUCCUUCGUUCCAGAUAUAAUCGUAAGCAUCGCUUUCUUCACCACCAUUCUCAUCCUUUCGUUCGUGCUCAUUGCUCUAAGUUGCCACAUUCACAGAGCCAAGCGGGUCGACAGCUACACCUCCUCGCAAACCCUCCAUAAUGCUCGCAGUCGUCUCGCUUGGACUCUGUUCGCCAUCACGUUCAUCUCCUUGGCGGAAGGCAUUCCGUCUAGUUUUCUGCUCGGACUGAAAGCGGAUAACGUGUUGAGUACCUGUACAAACUUCUACCAAGCUGACAAACUCAUCAACGUCACCAUAUUCACCUCUCUGGAUUCAAUUGUGUGGUGAGAGAAAAAAAAAGAAGAACUUAGCCAAUAUUGUUGUAUUUUCAGGGCAAUAGUUCUUCUGAUUGAUCCUGUCGCCAACAUUAUUCUCGACAAGGAAGUCUCGUCCGAAUUCGUCAAGCAGGUCAACCAAGCAAAGGUCUAUUUUGCAAAGUUUCUCGAAUUUCUCGUCUCUGAUCGAAAGAAGUAG